GGUUUCCUGGUUUGACUCGUAUCUCCGCCUCUAAUCAUAAAGACACAUUUGACUUUCGGUUUGGUGGCUCGGGAGCGGUUUUUAUCAACUGUAAUAUUAGAAUAAAGAUCCAACAUCUUUUCCGGCAUCGCUAACAACAUGCAGGAGUUAGUCUUUAUUCUUCUAUCAGCUCUGAUCUGCUGUUCGCUGGCCAAGGAUGCUAAACCCAAGGUCCAGGUGUACACCCGUGUGCAAGAAGAGAUCGGGAAAGACAACAUCUUAAUCUGCCACGUGACUUGCUUCUACCCGCCACUGAUCACCAUUGAUCUGCUGAAGAAUGGAGAGAAAAUUCCGGAAGCCAAACAGACGGAGCUGGGUUUCGAGGCCAACUGGAACUACCACCUGACCAAAUCUGUGGCUGUCACCCUGACCCAAGAAGACAAGUUCGCUUGCAGAGUGAAGCACUUGGGGAUGACCAAAGAUCACACUUUGGAGCUUGGCCUGUAAGCUCGGUGGUCCACCAUGUUCCAGGUCUGCUGAGUCUGGAGGAGGUGAAGAAGAUUUGAAUUUAAAUUUGUUUUCUGCGGAUCAGCGAAAUCCACUUGAUCCAGCCUUAAGUCGACUACGUUUACAUUGACCCCAAUAAUCAAUCAAUCAAAUAUUUGGGUAUAGCCAAUAUACACAAUUUGUCUCAUAGGGGUUUAACAAGGUUUGCCCUUAACCCUCAACAAGAGUAAAGAAAAAGUGACAAAAAAAACUUUUAACAGGGUAAAAAGCACGUAGAAACCUCAGAGAGCCACGGGUGAGGGAUCCCUCUCCCAGGACGGACAGAUGUGCAAUAGAUGUCACGUGUAAUAGUCUGACUAUUAAGCUUACUUUGGAGGGAUAGUUCACCCAGAAAUGAAAAUUCACUAAUUACCAACGCGCCCUUAUGCCGGUGAGGGGGUUGGGUGAAGUGUUUGAGUCCACAAAAGACUUUUGGAGUUUCAGGGGUAAACAGCGUUGCAGCCGAAUACAACACAAUUGAAGACGUUAGUGACUUAUCUCCAGACGUAAUAAAACAACAGAAAAAAGCACAACAUGUAAGGGUUUUUCUGUUGUUCUAUUACGUCUGUAGAAGGACUCACCAUUGACAUCAAUUGUGUUGGAUUCUGCUCUAGAAAGUUUACCCCUGAGACUCCAGGAGUGCACUCCGCCCACCCUUCCAUCGGCAAAGUGGUGAAUGGUUAAUGAGUGAACUUUCAUUCACUAUCCCUUUUAGUAAAGCAUUAUUGAGGUGACAAAAAUACUCCAUUCAUAUUGCUGUUCACGUGUUACAGCGCAUUGUCUGAUUACGACCUACAUGUCAAUGACACAGGAUGCUGUUAAAACUCCAGAAGAAUGUUAUUAUUAAAUUAAGAUGUAUAAAUGUCUACAUGCGAUUGGGAUUGGAAUACUUAAUCGCAAUAAUCAAAAUAAGACGUGGAGUGUUCCAAGUGGCCUUAUGUAGACAUGUAUACGUCUCAAUGACUAUAUAACAUCCUAUCGGAGUUUUUGCAGCAUUUGCAACAUCCACAUUCAGUUGCAGAAUUCUGGAAGUCAUAAUCUGACUAUGCUCUCUAUCAUGUAAACGGGAUAGUGAACCCAAUAUUCUUUUAGUUGCUCAUGGGAUCAUCAUAAUAAGAAUAAUGUCCUGUUCAGAAUAAGUGAACAGGACAUUCUCCGUCAGAUUGUUGCUGUCCAUGUAAACAAAGUCGAUGUGUUUGUUUGUCUCCACCUAGAUAACUCCAAGAAAAUUCUCAGGCAUAUUUAGGAGACCGAUGUUUAUGAGUAUGUUUAAUCUGGUGCAGCUUGAGUGAGUCUAUGGAUUUGUCCGGCCUGAAACGGGCAAAUAGGAAAUCUCUUCCUGAUGCAAUUUGAAAGACAACAAAAACAAUAGUCCAUCAAAAGCAUUUAAUGUUAAUAUAAAUUUGACAUCAGGAGGACAUGAGUGUUUAUUGUCAGACAUGUUGUCUCGUGCUUGAGAUUGUAAUAACCUGCUUUUAAAUUUUUGCAGUGGCCAAUGUAAAUAUGAUUUUUAGUCAUUGACUCAACACCAUCAUGUAAUGAAAGCUGAAGCACUAUCAUUUAAUCACUGUUUUUUAAUGAAUCUCAGACUGUCAAAUAAAGGAAAAAUAAUGAUUUGAAGAGCUGUGUGGCACACAUUUAUGAAAUAAAGAACUUCUUCACAGA